AUGCACGACCAGCGCAAGGUGAAGCAGGAGAUCGAUGCCAAGACACGCGAGCGGCACCUAGUGGAAGUGCAGGAGUUUACCACUCUCUACGACUCCCUUCUGGAGCAACGGAAACAAAGCGUGUACACCGAGAAGGUGCUCCAUCAACUGACAAACCUUCUCCGCAAGAACCCCGAGGCGUACACUAUGUACAACUACCGCCGCUGCGCACUACUGCACAUCUGGAGCGAGGCGCGGCAACAGGCAGAAGCAGCAGCAGCAACGACCACCACAACGACGACAGACAACUCCACAGAAACUACAGUAAAGGAGCAACACCCUGUCCGGACAGAGCUUGACUGGCUCAAGGACGAGCUGAUUCUGAGUUCCUCCAUACUUCUUAGCGAUUAUAAGGUGUACGCAGCGUUUGUGCACCGGCGGUGGAUCUUCACACAGCUGCGCCGUCUCGCCGAAGAAGCUCUCACCGCUUCGUCCACAACCAUCACCACCACUGUCAGCAGCAGCAACAAACCCAACGGCGUGGGGCGAGGGGCGUGCCCAGAAGUGGUGCGCUUCUGGGAAUCUGCACUUCUGAAGGAGAAGCGGCAGUGUGAUGCGUUGCUCAUGAGGGACGAACGUAAUUUUCACGCGUGGAAUUACCGCCGGUGGGCUCUGCGCGAACUUGCGCAAAUGAAGCAACUUUUAGCCCAGUUCGGUGUGGAGCUGGAGGCAACACCGUCGAGGAGCAAUUCGGUGGGAAAGGAAGAAACGCCAUCUGCCGAGUGGCAGCAGCAACAACGACCGGGCGACUUAGACUCAAAGCCUAUGCUGUCGUCGUCGCUAUUCACCUCUGAGGAGUUGCGGGAGUUGCGCUUCACCACUAUGAUGGUGCGGCGCAAUUUCUCCAACUACAGUGCGUGGCACCAGCGUGGACUGGUGCUCAAGACGGCACUUAAGCGCUUGGAAGAGCGCCCCGCCGAUGAUGCCGUGCGUGUCGCCGCGCUGGAAGAGGCAUGGACGCGAUUAGAGGAGGAUCUGGUGCUCGUCAUCACCGCGGUUUACUGCGACCCGGCGGAUCAGUCGGCGUGGUACUACGCGCAAUUUCUUACAAGGGCGGCGGGGACGGUGCAAUGCAUGUCACCAGCGCCCUCAACCUCACGCGUCGACGUCACCGGGCGGCUGGUCGAAGCGUGCAUUGAGCUCGUUGCGGAAGAGAAACGUCUGGGCGGGGAAGCCGAGGCAUAUUGGCCGCGCCUCUACUUAUUCACUACGCUACUCUCUUUAUUCGGCAAAACUAACGCUAAAAACACAAGCAGCAGUGGCAUCAACUGUGAUGGCGGGUCAGCAGCAGCACUGAUUCGCGAGGUGUGCGAGGCGCUGGGCACCAGCGACCUGGCCGCUAGUGGCGAUCAUUACGACGCUGGUAAUGAUAAAGUCCGGUUGCUGCAGGAAUUGGCGGCGCAAUUCUCGCGAGCAGACCCUCUGCGGGCGGGAAUGCAUCAGUGCCUUCUUGCUGCUGCCGUCCCCCCGCAAUGA